UCUAUAUUUAACAAAAUUACACGCUCGGAGGGCAGUUCUUGCUCUUCUCUAUCUUUAAUUUCUCUAUUCGACCAAUCGAUUCAAUUUUUGUCGCCGCGAGGUAAUCUUCAUCAAUUGGAAUUCCAUUUCCUGUUUCUUAAUCUUUGGAACCGACGGUACCGAUUAUGGAUGACGGAGAAGCAAUUUGGGAAGACAUCGAGCGCUCGGAGAGCUAUCUUGUGUGCUCCAUGUAUGAGGAAGCAUUAGGGCUAGCUUCAUCCGUUUUAAAGCGUAUUUCUCAAGAGAACAAUGGCUGUGAAAAUGAUUUGUUGGAAGCAGCUGGUAUGGUUUUAGUUCAAUCUUUGAAGGAACUUGGAAGGACAUCACACAUGGUGGACGAGCUCAAAGUAUCAUUUACCUCCGUUACAGCCAUCCCUGUUAAUGUUCUUUUAACUGGGGCGUGUCUUCAGAUCUCAGAAGGUCUUUCUGAUAUGCGAUGUUUUCUAGAAGAGUUCCUUAGCAAGUGGAGUUUAUUGAAUGAAGAAAUAUAUGUUCUUGCUGGCGCAAGAAAUAUUGAUGACAGAGAGCAUUAUGAUGAUCAUGCUCAGUUGACUGUCGAUGAAUAUCUUCAAGUUGUUGAAGUUUACCUCCAGACGCUCAUGGAGAUAGGUUUGAAGGACGUGGAUCUUGCUGUUUCUUGGGUUGAGAAAGCUGCUUUACCUGAGGAAAAGCGUCAGGUACUUUUGAGGAGACUAGACUACCAGCAGUCUCUUAAAGCUGCCAGCUUGUCUCAAUCGUCCCCAUCUUCUUUGCAUAAAGAUGACCAUAAAGCACAUUUAUCUUCUUCGGAAGAUCGUCAAGAAUCAAGAGCUUCAAAAACAGCCUUAGAUCCUGGAUAUCAUCCAGAUGGAGGGAAUGCUAACAGAGAAACGGUUCUAAAGCUACAUAAGCUUACAAAACCAUGGUUUUGGCCGUUCCGUACAAUCACUUUGAAGUUUGGAAGUACUCGGCUGAUCAUAUCCACCAGAAGGGUUCUGCUUAGCUGUUUGUUUGUGCUAAUCUAUUAUCUACUGCGAAGGAAACUAACCACUUUGAAGAGGAUGGCUCAGAAACAAGCUUUGUCCGCAAAGAAAGCAAUGGUAGACCUGUGGCAGCUUGCAUUUUCAUACCAAGUUAACCCUUUAGCUAUUGCCCAGCCUCUUUCUGGGGUACCUCGUGGAGCCUCAUGAUUCUCUUAAAACCAUAUUUGUAUUCUGCCAUUUGAUAUAAAAGCAGCAUUUACAACCAUUUUUCUUCAAUGGCUGCUUCAUUGUCUGGCAGUGCUGGUGAAGAAUAUGAUCUAUGGAAGCAGCUACUAGUAUGAAUAUUGAGAAUAGAAUAUUUGC